UGUAAGUGUGUGAUGGAGGGAAGGCAGGGUUAGCGUUGCUGUAAAACUCUACCCUAAGAAUGGAGAUUUUCUUAAUUUGAUUGGAUUAAUAACCUGUGUCAGCAUGGUAUAUACAAUGUUUUCGUGUCGAUAUUCGUACGGAUGUACCUGCGGUUUUUCAUCCAAUCAGCAAAGAAGAAAAUUAUACAUCAGCUCAAUUGGAGGAGAGGAAAGAAGUCCAGCUGAAUAUGCAUCCCUCCAACAAGCUUUAAAAGAACGAAACACACAGCGUGAUGACCUCUUAUUGAAAAUAAAGAAUUUAACAGAUAAAAACAAAGUUUAUAAAACACAACUAGAAAAAGAUGACCUUUCCCAAAAACAACUUCAAAAAAUCUUACAGAAAUCACAUGAAACUCAGCUGGCAGAAAGAGAAACACUACUCACAAACUUACAGGAAAUAAUAGCGGAACAUGAAACAAAGAUAUUAUCACUGGAAGAACAAAUACAUGGAAACAUUUCGAACCGAGAAGAUACGAAACAAGCACCUGAAACAAAAACAGGAUCAAGUAAACUUAUUGAACAAAUUCGACAACUUCAACAAGAGAAGUCUGAACUUUUCUCGGAAUUAGCAACGGUAAAAUUACAAGUUGAGAUCUGUGAACGUGACCAUGUAGAAACAAUAACAUCAUUACAAGAAAACCUGAGUAAAAUAGAAACAGAUAACUCUCGUAUACAAGACGAUUUGCUCAAAUUAAAAAAUAAAGAUAAUAUUAUUGAUAUUGGAAUUGAAUCUAUUAAUGGUAAAAACCACCUGAACAAAAUUCAAACGGAUCGAUUUAAAAAAGAAAUUGGUAAAUAUCAUGUUCGAGCAUCCUCCAUUGGCUUUAGUUCUGAGAAUGAACAAAUUCAGAUUUUACAAGAAGAAAAUGAGAGACUUGAAGAAUUGUUAUCGGGUUUUCAAAGUAAAUUAUCAAAAGCAGAAUCAACUUUAUCUGAAACAGAAACUAAAUACCGUGAAGAAUUACUUAAUUUAUCCAAAGAAAAUCAAAAGAUCUCACGUCUGUUGCGGGACACAAAAGCAGACGUCACAUGUUUACAAGCUCGGGAACCAGAGGUAAUGACAAAAAUCGAAAGAGUAGAGGUUGAAGUAGAAUCUCAGAAACUGAAUCAAAAAUUAUCGGAAAGUCAAAAAGAAAAAUCCACAUUAGAAGCAGAUGUACAAGACUGGAAAGAAAAAUAUACAGAAGCAGCCAAUGAAAUCUCUGAAUUACAAGAAGAAAAUAAACAAUAUCUAAAACAGUUACAAAAGAAUGUAACGGAAGUGAUUGAUAUGGAAGAGAAACACGAACAAAUAGUCGAGGAAUUAAAGGAAGAGCGAGAAAAACGUAUCCAGGAAGUUAAAGAUGAAGUUGAAGAAGAGAUGAAGAAUUUGCGGUUAAAGAAUUCAAUGAUGCACUCCAAGAUCUCCGCCAUUAAUUUGUUGUUUGAGCAACUUGUUGAGUCACAUCGCUUGUUGAGAAAACAAGCUUCCCAGUUUCCCCAUGUUUUAGCGGUUACCAUUGAUACUGUGAAGAAAGAGGCAAUAGGAGCUAUUGAAGAUAUCAACAAAAGAAAUCAAGAAUUAGUUGAUAAAUAUCAUCGUGAAAUGAAACUACGUAAGAAAUAUCAUAAUGAACUGGUAGAACUACGAGGUAAUAUCCGAGUAUUCUGUCGAGUUCGACCUACUAUAAAAGAAGAUGGUAUUUCAUCUUCUUCACAGAUCGUGGUAACCUUUGACCCCUAUGAUGAUGGACUGUUGUUCAUCGCUAACAAAAGCCGCAGUCAAGUGUUUGAAAUGGAUAAAGUUUUUAAUGAAAACUCUUCACAAACGGAGGUAUUUGAAGAAGUACGAUCAAUUGUAACAUCGUGUGUUGAUGGUUAUAAUGUUUGUAUAUUUGCAUACGGUCAGACAGGGUCUGGUAAAACAUAUACCAUGGAGGGCCCUGUGAGUGAUCCAGGUAUAAAUCAGAGAGCUUUAAUAGAAUUAUUUAAUGAGACACGUGAACGAGGUACAGAUUGGGAAUAUACUAUCAGUGUUAGUGUACUCGAAAUUUAUAACGAAAAUAUCAGAGAUUUAUUGAAUCGUAAUGAUGAUGGAAGUAAAUUAGAGAUUAAAAUGAAAUCAGACGGUGGUGGAUUAUAUGUACCUGGUUUAUCAACAAUACAAGUUACCUCCCUUAAUCAAGUUAAUCAGGUUUUUAUGACAGGACAGAAGAAUCGAGCUACGGCUACGACUAAUUUAAAUGAACAUUCAUCCCGGUCACAUGCUUUAUUAUGUAUAGAAGUUACUGGUCUUAAUAGAACUACAAAUACUAGAACAAAAGGAAAAUUAAAUUUGGUAGAUUUAGCGGGAUCAGAACGAGUCAGUAAGUCGGGAGCAGACGGUACCAGAUUAAAAGAGGCUCAAAAUAUCAACAAAUCCUUGUCGUGUCUUGGUGACGUCAUUCAUUCAUUACGUAGUAAACAGAACCAUGUACCUUACAGAAACUCCAAAUUAACUUACUUAUUACAAGAUUCUCUUGGAGGUGAUAGUAAAACAUUGAUGAUCGUUCAGGCCUCUCCAGCUGUUCAGAAUGUCAGUGAGACUAUCUGUACAUUAAACUUCGCCCAGAGAGUUAGAACAGUACAACUUGGAUCGGCUACUCGACAACUUGAAACAGGAGACAUAAACGAGAAUACCUUGAGUACACCAUCUAGAUCACCAUUACCACACUCUCCCUAUAACUCACCGGCUCUUAUAAAUAAAACACCAUCUAAUAAUAAAACACCGUUAAAUAAUAAAACAACAUCAAACAACAAAACACCUAUAUCAGCUAGACGAGCUCUUACUCCAAGAAAUAAACCAAAAUAAUCGACAAGACUCGAGAGAAGAUAAUUGUGAUAUUAUGGAGGAGUUGGAGAUUAAUCAAUGAUACAGUGCUAUGGUGGAUUAUUUUGUGUGCUAUACUGAUGAGUUUUAUAGAUUAUCAAAUUUUAUUUAAACUUUCAUCUAGGUUACUGAUUCCCAACCUGAACAAUGAAUUGCAGUGGCUACUAUCUUGCUAUGGGUUGAUGUUCGAAGGCCCAUAAUAAUAAUAAUAAUAUAUAAUAGGAACAUUUGUAUAGUGUCAAUUCCACACUUAAAGUAUGCUCUAUGUGCUUUCUACACGCAAUUUUAAAUUAAAUAUAACCUUGAAAUAGGUAUGUUUUAAGUCUGGAUUUGAAACAAUCAAUAGAAGGAGUACUUUUAAUGAACACUGGAAGAUCGUUCCAUUUUGAUGGAUUAAGAAAACUAAAAGCUCUUGCCCCAAAUUUUUUCAUUCUCCGCCAACUGUAUUUGGUCACAUAAGCGCAAACUCCGGGAAGGCUCGUAACUUUGAAUUAGUUCAGUUAAAUAAGAUGAUGCUACGUUAUUAACAUAUUGAUAGGUCAGAGAUGGAAUCUUGAAAUCAAUCCUUUCCUGGGAAAUUUGACUGAACACAUUAAAUGUAGACGUGGGGCGGGGGGCUCAGAGAUUUUUAAAAUGUCCCAAGCUAUGGAAAGAGGUUGGGAAUCACUGAUCUAGGUUAGGCUGAAAUCGUAACAAAGAUUUGAUAAAGAUUUAUUAUUGAAGUGUGUUAUAUUUAUAUCAUCUUCCCAUGGCUUGAUACCAAUAAGGAAAUUUACGUGAAGAAAACAAGAAUAUAUAGGAACAGAUCCAAGAGAGUUAACUUAAAAUGAAUGGUCUCUUAAAUUUCAUGUUGAUUAAAGUCUCUGAUGAAUUUAAUAUCCCUUUGUUAGUGCUUCAAGUAGAAGAAAAACAAUUACUUCCCUCCCUAAUUCAAGUACAGGAUAUUACAACCUAAAGCAGCUAUUCUAUCAAUACAUUCAUCAAUAUAACAAUUAAAAAUAAUAUGUAUGGUUUAAAGGUCGAGAGCCAGACAUUAAUUAAUAUAUUGAUACUGUUGUUUCAAUAUAUUACGCAAUGUCUUUAGCUCCAGACCAUUAAACACACAAGUCCAAUAUUUCAUCUAGUAAAGAUAAUGUACGAUUGGCAAGUUGCUCGUACAUUAUUGGAAAUAAUGGUACGCCAACAUCAAAGGAUGGCGUCACAUCUGUAUUUUAAUUAUAUAUAUAUUUAUCAUUAUAGAUACCCAUACUAUUGUUUAUAUCCAUUUACUUAUAUAAAUUACACCCUAGGCAUGAAAUCGCUGGUUUCAUAAUGUACAUAAUGACCAUUAAGUAAGUUGAAGGCAUAUAUUCCAUAACUUUCAUGUAAUUGAAGAUAUGGGGCCAUGUAAUAAGGACUUGUAAAGGGUACAAAAAUAAUACAAUUUAUCAGUAAAUGUGACUUAUAUAAAAUUAGUUGAUUCUUAAAAAAAAUUUGUGAAAAUAUCCACUGGCAACUACUUUUUGUAUCUCUUGAAAUAUAGUUUUUAUCAGGCCUGGAAAUAACGGUUUUAGAUGUAUCUGACAAAAUGUCAGGCACUAAUGAAAUAGUACCUGACAUUUUCUAACUUAGUGUCGGACAUGAAUUAAUAAUAUCAAUAAAAAAGACAAAUCAGUGCCGGACAAAAUGACCGGCACCAGAGGUUUUGUGCCUGACAAAGCCUGAAUCUGUGUCUGACAUUGUCUGUGACAGGUGCCUUAUUUCCAGGCUUGGUUAUUAUUCUCAUUUAUGUCUCAAAUAUAUACUAAAAUAUAUCGUUUCAUUUAUCAGAUGGGAACAUCUUGAAGAUACAUGUAUCAAUAUUUAAGAUAUUUAAAAUAAAACUAUACAUAUCUAC